CUGCGCCCUGCGCGCACGGCGCCCUCCGAGGGCCUCGGGUGUGCGCGGGUGCCCUUCCCUGGGCCGCCGUGCCUGCUGCAGGGUCCACGAUGACGAUCCGACACCAAGGCCAGCAGUACAGGCCGAGGAUGGCCUUUCUGCCCAAGAUUGAAGCGCUUGUGAAGGACAUGCAGAAUCCCGAGACGGGGGUCAGGAUGCAGAACCAGAGGGUCUUGGUCACCAGUGUCCCUCACGCCAUGACAGGAGGCGAUGUUCUCCAGUGGAUCACUGAGCGGCUUUGGAUCUCCACCCUGGAGGCACAGAAUUUGGGCAACUUUAUUGUCAAGUACGGCUAUAUUUAUCCCCUGCAAGACCCCAAGAAUCUGGUCCUCAAGCCUGAUGGCAGCCUGUACCGGUUUCAGACGCCGUACUUCUGGCCUACCCAGCAGUGGCCAGCGGAAGAUACAGAUUACGCCAUCUAUUUAGCCAAACGAAAUAUUAAGAAGAAAGGGAUUUUGGAGGAAUAUGAAAAGGAAAAUUAUAAUUUCUUGAACAAAAAAAUUAACUACAAGUGGGACUUUGUCAUAAUGCAGGCCAAAGAGCAGUACAGAACUGGCAAGGAGAGGACCAAAGCAGAUAGGUAUGCGCUGGAUUGCCAGGAGAAGGCAUACUGGCUGGUGCACCGGUGCCCUCCAGGAGUGAACAACGUGCUGGACUAUGGCUUGGACCGAGUGACCAAUCCAAAUGAAGCCAAGAAACAAACAGUCACGUCUGUCAGGAAGGAGAUCAUGUAUUACCAGCAGGCCUUGAUGAGGUCUACAGUGAAGUCUUCAGUGUCGCUUGGAGGGAUCGUCAAGUACAGCGAGCAGUUCUUGUCCAAUGAUGCCAUCACGUCAGGCUGCUUGCCCAGCAAUCCUUGGAUAACAGAUGAUACCCAGUUCUGGGACUUAAAUGCCAAAUUGGUGGAGAUCCCAACCAAGAUGCGGGUGGAGCGAUGGGCCUUCAACUUCAGUGAGUUGAUCCGAGACCCCAAGGGUCGGCAGAGCUUCCAGUAUUUUCUCAAGAAGGAGUUCAGCGGGGAGAAUCUGGGAUUCUGGGAAGCCUGUGAAGAUCUGAAGUACGGAGAUCAGUCCAAGGUCAAGGAGAAGGCGGAGGAGAUUUACAAGCUGUUUCUGGCCCCAGGAGCCAGGCGAUGGAUAAACAUAGACGGAAAAACCAUGGACAUCACAGUGAAGGGGCUGAGGCACCCCCACCGCUACGUGCUGGAUGCCGCGCAAACGCACAUCUACAUGCUCAUGAAGAAGGAUUCUUAUGCUCGCUAUUUAAAAUCUCCAAUCUACAAGGAAAUGCUGGCCAAGGCUAUUGAACCUCAGGAAGCCACGAAGAAGAGUGCAACCCUCCCUUUUAUGCGGCGGCACCUGCGCUCCAGCCCAAGCCCCGUCAUCCUGAGGCAGCUGGAAGAAGAAGCGAAGGCUCGUGAAGCCGCCAACACUGUGGACAUCACCCAGCCGGGCCAGCAUUUGGCCCCCAGCCCUCACCUGGCCGUGUACACCGGCACCUGCGUGCCCCCAUCCCCAUCCAGCCCCUUCUCCUCCUCCUCCUCCUGCCGGUCCCCCAGGAGGCCUUUCCCCUCACCAAGCCGCUUCAUCAGGAGGCCCAGCAGUGCCAUCUGCCCCUCACCCAUCCGAGCGGCUUUGGAGGGCUCCUCAGGCUCGGAGCCGAAGGCGGAGGCCAGCGGAUCCAAUGCCCACCAUGGGCCCUCGGCCCUUGAGAGCAGCGAAGCGUCUAGUGAUGGUCCCACGGUCCGCAGCCAGCCCCGGGCAGCCCCCAAGGCCCGGGCGUCACUGUCCUUCGGCAGGUUGCUGAGACGGGGCUGUUUGGCCUCACCGGUCUUCGCCAGGCUCUCACCCAAGUGCCCCCCGGUGUCUCACGGCAAGGUGCAGCCCCUGGGGGAUGCAGGCCAGCAGCUGCCUCGGCUGAAACCCAAGAAAGUCGCAAACUUCUUCCAGAUCAAGAUGGAUGUGCCUACGGACAGUGGGGCCUGUCUGAUGGACUCGGAUGACACCGGGACAGGGGAAGCAAGUGACCAUGCCACAGAAAAGGAGGUCAUCUGCCCAUGGGAGAGCCAGGCCGAGGGGAAAUUAGGUUGA